AUGCGUGGAACUCCAGCAUCUCGGUUCCUCGUCACCAACUGUAGAGCUCUGCUCGGGGAAGGCAAGUCAACAUCUCUGGUCCGGAGGUAUGGAACGGUCUCAGCAGUGACUGCGCAAGUCCUGAAUCCCUCAUCGACUUUUGAUAAGGCCCUGGCAGCGACCGCUCCUCGCAAUGACUGGACGAAGGAGGAAAUCAAGGAGGUGUAUGAUACUCCGUUGAUGAAUCUGGCGUUUGCAGCUGGAACGAUUCACAGAAAGUUUCAUAACCCCGCAGCGAUUCAGAUGUGUACCCUCAUGAACAUCAAAACGGGGGGCUGUACCGAGGAUUGCUCAUACUGUGCACAGUCUUCUCGAUACUCAACCGGCCUCAAGGCAUCCAAGAUGGUAAAUGUCGAAUCGGUCCUCGACGCAGCUCGGAUUGCCAAGGACAACGGAAGCACUCGAUUCUGCAUGGGAGCCGCCUGGAGAGACAUGCGAGGGCGCAAGAGCGGCUUGAAAAAUAUCAAAGCGAUGGUCAAUGGGAUCCGAGGAAUGGGUAUGGAAGUCUGCGUUACGCUGGGCAUGAUUGAUCUUGAACAGGCCAAGGAGUUAAAGGAAGCGGGUUUGACAGCAUACAACCACAACGUCGACACCUCAAGGGAUUUCUACCCUUCCGUCAUCUCGACUCGGACUUAUGACGAGCGGCUCCAGACCAUUCAGAACGUGCGAGAUGCAGGGCUCAAUGUCUGCACGGGAGGAAUUUUGGGGCUGGGGGAGAAGCCAAGCGACCACGUCGGGCUGAUCCACACGGUGGCAACACUUCCUUCUCAUCCCGAAAGCUUUCCCGUCAACACUCUGGUUCCCAUAAAAGGGACACCCCUCGGAGACAAUGAGCCAUCUCCCUUCGAUGCAACUCUGAGGACGAUUGCGACGGCCCGCAUGGUCAUGCCGAGGACCAUCAUCCGUCUCGCCGCGGGACGCACCACGCUGUCGGAAGAACAGCAGAUUCUCUGCUUCAUGGCGGGUGCCAAUGCUGUCUUCACCGGGGAGAAGAUGCUUACGACGGCUUGUAAUGGGUGGGAUGAGGAUCGGAUAAUCUUCGACAAGUGGGGUUUGAGACCGAUGGAGAGCUUUGAGGUGGAGGCGCUGAGAGAGCUGGUUUCAACUUCUGCACCGCUGGAGAUGCAGGAAGAGAGGCCUGUUAUUGCAGCGGCAUGA